GCAGCGGGUGUCGUGGGUAGGGGGCAACGCGACGUGCUCGUCCCAGCACUUUGAGGGGGCACGUUGCGGAAGACGGUUACCUGUUCGUGUCCACUCCCGAGGGGCAACGUGUCGUGCUCGCCCUACGUCUAGGGUCGACGUACGACGGUGCCCGAUGCGGUGUGGGUUGGGCGUGUUGCUUAAGACGGUGCGGCUGUCCGGCUAUCGCCCGAAGCACCUCACGCAUCUGGCUGUCCCUUGAAUGUUAUUCGUCGCUUCCCCCGAACCCUGCCCAGCGGCGCUGACUCGGCUACCUCGUGCGCUUCCGCUUGCCUGCACGCGCCUAGGCGUGCGGGGCGCGGUUCGUCCGGGAGUGCUGUGUUUGCGGACCGUGGUGGCGGAUGAGCGGUGUGUGGGUUGUGCGUGUGGCUUUAUCUAGACGGUGCAGCUGUUCGGUUAUUGUCCGAAGCGCCUGACGCUUCGGGCUGUCCCUCGAGUCUCCUUCGUCCCUUCCUUUGAAACCUGCCCAGCGGCGUUCGCUCGGCCCUCCCGUAUGCUUCCGCUUGCCUGCACGCGCCUAGGUGUGCGGGGCGCGGUUCGUCCGGGUGUGCUGUGUUUGCGGACCGUGGUGGCGGAUGAGCGGUGUUUGGGUCUUGAGUGCUGUCUGGUUCCUUGCCUCGCGCAACGAACGGGCGCACCGGAUCCUUUCCAUGUGUGGGCUCGAGCUGCCGUGCUCGUUCCACUGUUGUGCGGCUCCUGUGUUUCCUACCCCGUGGUGUGGUAUCCCUGCCUUGCCCCAACCUUUCCUCUCCGGAGUCCCCUAGUGGGAUUGCGGGGGGAGUUCCAAGACACGCCCGUGGUCCUACCUGUCUCGGCGCUCUGCGCGGCAACGGUGGCCUGCGUGCGCGUUCUGUUCUCGCUGGUGCGGUGCACGCAGUUGGGAUGGGGUCUUAGAUCCCCGUCUGUCCCUCAGAUGAUUCGGUUUCUCGGAAAGACGCCUGCCGCCGUGUCCUACGAAAGCUUCCCCUCGCGGGGGGCGUCGGCAGCUCGGCGCGCAGGGUCGGUGACGGAUGCUACCUGGUUGAUCCUGCCAGUAGUCAUAUGCUUGUCUCAAAGAGUAAGCCAUGCAUGUGUAAGUAUGAACUAAUUCAGACUGUGAAACUGCGA